AUGGAAAUAGCCAUGGAAGAGGCAAGGCGUGCCUUGGUAAUAGAUGAAGUGCCAAUAGGCUGUGCUGUAUUUUAUCGCGGUGAGUGCAUUGACAGGUCGCACAAUCUAACAAAUACAUUAAAAGACCCUCUAGCACAUGCAGAAAUGAUAUCUUUACAACGAAUUCCUGCUGAUAUUCUAGCAGAAGUUGAAUUAUACGUUACAUGCGAGCCGUGUAUAAUGUGCCUAGCACUGAUUAUUAAAUUGCGCAUAAAGAAAGUAAUUUAUUCCUGUUGCAAUCCACGGUUUGGUGGCUUGUCUGUGUUUAUAGAACAAAAAAUACUUACACCACAUAAAACAGAUGAAGUUAUUACUUCAUUAAGUACGGAAGAGAAUGCUUUAAAUACUUCUCAAGUAAAUACAAAUAGUACUGUUAAUGAGGUGUCUGAUACUUCACUUACUUCUAAUAAUAGUUCUACGCAGUAUUUAUACGCAAUGAAUAAUAAAUCUGUGGAGCAUUCUGUGGAAAUGUGCUACAUACCAGAUGAAGAGGCAAUUUCUCUCCUAAAAGAAUUCUAUACACACGAAAAUAUUCGGGCACCCACAGAAAAGAGAAAAUAUAAAACUGAGAAAAAACUGAAAAUUUUUAAGAAUGGCACCGGAGAAUAA